AUGGAAUUGUGGCAUACCGGUGUGAAGACAUACGAUGCAAGCAAAAAACACUUUUUUAACUUGCGGUCAGCUCUUAUGUGGACUAUUAAUGAUUUCCCCGCAUAUGCAAAUUUGUCUAGAUGGAGUACAAAAGGGAAAUUUGCAUGUCCAUAUUGUAAUCAGAACACCGCAUCAUUAAGGUUGACAAAUUACCAGAAGGAGUGUUACAUGAGUCAUCGACGAUUCCUCCCGCCUAAUCAUCGUUGGCGCAAAGAGACUGAUACGUUUGACGCACGUACUGAGCAUAAAGGUCCUCUUGUUCUACUAUCGGGUUCCGAAAUUCAAUUGCAAGCACGAGAUCUAAAGGAAAUUUGUUUGACAAAGUACAUGCCCAAGAAAACGAAAUUGAUUCAUGAAUCCCGGGGUGAUAACUGGAACAUAUUUAAAAAGACCAAGGAUGGGAUUAAAGCGAGAAAAGAUUUGGUCAUAUUGAACAUAAAGCAUUCCUUACAUCCUGUUGAGGUUGAUGGUGUUCUUCGGUGUCCAGCAGCCCCUUAUACACUAACAGCAGAACACAAGAAACGAUUAUGCCAGUUUUUGAAAGAUGUUAAAAUGCCGGACGGUUUUUGUUCAAAUAUUGGCUAUCUCAUUCCACUAGCUACACGUGGCUUACUUCCUAAUGAUGUGUAUGAUGCUGUUGUGAAUUUGUCAAGAUUUUUUCGGUUUCUUUGCCAAAAAAGUUUACAACGCGAUUUAUUGGAGAAACUACAUGACGACAUUGUCUUGGCACUUUGUAAAAUGGAGAAAAUCUUUCCACCAUCUUUUUUUGAUAUAAUGGUGCACUUGCCAGUUCAUUUAGCUUUUGAGGCUUGCCUUGGAGGGCCUGUCCAAUAUCGAUGGAUGUAUCUAGUUGAACGGUAUAUGAGCACACUCAAGAAAUACCUAAGGAACAAGAACUCUCUAGAAGGUUCAAUUAGCGAGAGUUACCUUGUGAAUGAGAGUAUGAGCAUGUGUGCCCGAUAUUUAGAGGAUCAAGAAUCACGAGAUGCCUCGAUACAAACUAGUAAUACAUUGUCUAUAUUCUUUGUUAUGGAAGAGCUAUCUAAUGGCACGUCAUACACAUAUCAACUAGGGGAUCGUCAACGUGCUCAUUCCGAUUUCAUGCAAUCAUGUCAACCCAAUAUUUCCAAUGAAGAACGAGAUAAACAAUACGUUAGUUAUUUCAAAGGAAAAGUUGAACAAUUAAUCGAUGACUCCGAUAGAACAAUGAAUCUUAAGAUUUUAGGUGGCCGACCCACAAUAUAUGCUAAAAAGUAUAACUCGUGCAAAAUAAAUGGGUACAAAUUUAACACAGAGAAACACGACGAGAGCUUGACCACCCAAAAUAGCGGUGUAUUGGUUGUUGGAAAUAAUGGGGCAGCGACAAUUAACUACUAUGGAGUGCUCAAUGAAAUCAUGGAAGUAUCGUUCUUUAGUGGAAGACGCGUGGUUCUCUUCAAAUGUAGAUGGUUUGAUGUUCUUCACAAAGAUCGGGGCAUUAAGGUUGACAAGUACGGUUAUGUUAGUAUCAAUAUGAACAGGACUCUACUAACUCAAAUGAAUGACCCAUUCAUAAUGGCAAGGCAAGCACAACAAGUGUUUUACUCUACGGAUAUGGCAUCAAAGAGUGAAUGGAAAAUUGUUACUCCAAUAAAUCCCCGCUAUUAUAAUUAA